AUGCUGUUUUAUAGCCAGUGCAUGCGAGGCCAAUGCGUGGCACUGACACUGACACUGACACUGCUGAGUCUGACAUUGAGCUCCUUUUUUCAUACCGCAUGCGCAGACUCUGGUCUCUCUGAUCUCGUUGUCCAUGAUGAUCUGAACAUUCCAUUUUCUCCCCGGCUGGGUGGAGAAUCCCAGAAGAGCAUUACGCGGAAUGCCUCGAUUCCGAUAUCCCCAGGCUCGAGGAGCUUAUUUGCCCGAAGUUUGACGUGUCCUCAAGGAGAAGGAUACUGUUCUAACAACGGCGGGUGCUGUCCCAUGUCUGGAUCUUGCUGCCCAGACAGCUGCGCUUCCGAGCAAAACAUCGUCUGCUGUUCCGGCGGAUAUAACUGCCCCGCAGACCAUACUUGCUGCGGGAACCUGGGAUGCGCCCCACCGGGCGGUAGCUGCUGCAGUAACGGCAACUACUGCGAUCCCGGCUACCUAUGUUGCGGCGGAGAUAACCACGGCUGCGCAAUUGCGGGCGGCCAGUGCUGCAAGUCCUGGGGAUACUGCGAUCCGGGGUAUGAGUGUGUCAUUUAUCGUGGCAUGCCUGGGUGUUGUCCCGGCGGAGUAUGCAAUACGGGGUAUUAUUAUACGUGGUCGUAUGAUAAUGGGCAAACCGUGUAUCAGACCUUUGCUGUGAGUGCGACCAGUGCGACCAGUACGAGCAGCGGGAGCGAUGUGACUACAGAAGUCAUACCACUAACCACUACCCCCACGACUACAACCGUGACUGCGACUUCCACAACCGCACUAGAACCAGGAGACUCCGCGCGGACAUCACAGCUUCCUAGUUCAGAAAAUGAGUACGGCUCGACGGAUCCCUACUCGAAAUAUACGCCCAGUUCGACGUCUGGCGCUGCAUUCUCUUCCUCCUCCGGCGCAGCCGCCGCAGUCUCCACAAGUUCUACAAGUCAAUCUCCACAAACAACUCAAGCCGCACGUUCAUCAGUCUCGGAUACAUCUUCCUCUCGUCACGGGCACAGUAGCAGUGCCAUUGGCGCGGAUAAGACCUCGAGCUCGACAGCAACAGGCACAGGCACAGGCACGACGAACAGUCCCGCGAAUAGCGGAUCCCGCGGAUCCCGCGUCCAGUGUAGUGGUUUUGGGCUGCUGAGGAGUAUAGGAUAUAUUCUUUGCGUCGGGGCUGUUUCUGCUUUGAUAUUGUAGGGACAUGAUCUGGGAUAUGUUGCGCGUUGUAGGGGAGUAAAUAGCAAAUAGCACGUGGAUGUGUAAGGCUUGUAAUAUGUAAAAUGAAUUUUCUAAGGGGGAAAAAUUUAAAUACUGAAGGAGAAAAAAAAAUUAAAUACUAAAGGAUC